AUGCUUGCUGCCAAGGAGUAUAAGUUGGCUAUUCUUUUGGAGACAAAAGUUAAGGAGAAUAAUGUUAAUACUACUUUUCAAAACCUUAAAAGGGGAUGGAAAUUCACUCAUAAUCUUGGAAUUCUUGGUUCUUCUUUGGCCUGCCACUGCACCGCUGUUUAUGCUUUUAAUACUCUUGAGGGGAGGCUUGAGCUGUGGAAGGACAUAGAGGAAAUUGCUGCUGGUAUGAUCGACCCCUGGGCUGUAAUGGGGGAUUUUAAUAUUGUUCGGCAUCAGAAUGAGAAGCUUGGAGGGGAGGCCAUUCUUCAUGGGGCUGUAGAGGACUUUAACGCUUGUCCAAAGCCUUUCAAAUUUUUCGAUGCCUGGACUACUCAUGGAGAUUACUUUGAAGUGGUUAAGAAAGGCUGGGCUUUCCCUAUAAAGCCACAGUCCAAUCCUCUUCUUUGUUUCGCUGCAAAGUUAAGGAAUGUUAAGCUUGAGUUGAAGAGGUGGAAUAAGGAGGAUUUUGGGGAUGUUUUUCAUUCUGUCAAGGUGGCUGAGGAGGAACUUUCCAGAAUUCAGGCUGAUAUAUCUUUGAAUCCGAUGGAUGAUUCUCUAAUUAUCCUAGAGAGAGAGGCCAAGGGCAAGCUCUGGAGUGCUUUGCAAAUGGAGGAGAGGGUCCUAAAGGAGAAAUCUAGGGUGAAGUGGCUCCAACUAGGUGAUGGAAAUAACAGUUUUUUUCAUAAGUCCAUGCGCAGCAGAUUCAAUAGAAAGCAUAUUCUGGAGAUUGUUGAUCAGAAUGGAGUGGUGGUUGAAGAACCAAAAAGGAUUAAAGAAGAGGCUGUAAAGUUUUAUUGUAAUUUAUUUGGGACUGAUUCAAUUGAUGAGGGAACCUGCCCAAAUUCUAUCCACCUUUCGGGUGCUAUUUCUGAAAUUCAGAUAUUGGAAUUGGAAAGGGAGAUUAGUAGAGAGGAGAUCAAGGGUGUGGUCUUUGCUAUGAAAGAUUCUAAGGCCCCAGGGCCUGAUGGUUUCGGGGCUAGAUUUUACAAAACAACCUGGGAGAUUAUUAAGGAGGACCUUAUCAAGGCUAUUAAUUGGUUUUUUGAGAACUUCCUUAUGCCCUAUUCUGUUAAUGCUACCUUUAUUUCUCUGAUCCCUAAAUCUGGAGAUGUUUCCUCCUUUGCGGGCUAUAGACCCAUUGCCCUUUGCAAUCUGCUUUAUAAGAUCAUUUCUAAGAUCAUCUCUAAUAGACUCCAGAAGGUUAUCGGCGAGGUGAUCAGUUUCAAUCAAUCAGCUUUUAUCAAAGGAAGAUCUAUAGUUGAUAAUAUUCUUGUUUGCCAUGAUAUUGUGAGAGGAAUUGAGCAGAAAGCAGCCAACCCCACUGUGGUGUUGAAGGUUGAUCUCCAUAAAGCCUAUGACUCCUUGAGCAGGAACUUUCUAUUUGGAGUGAUGGAAAGAAUGGGCUUCACAGGGAAAUUCCUUGGAUGGGUUAAGGCUUGUGUUACCACACCCAUGUUCUCCGUUCUCAUUAAUGGCAGCCCCACAGGAAUUAUACGAAGGCUGGAAGUAGAUGGUCAAAUCAAAUUGCUGCCUAGAUGUAAAGCUCUAUAUCUUUCUCACCUUAUAUUUGCGGAUGACCUAAUGAUCUUUGUGAAGGCCAAUCGCGAAUCUGUUUUGGCUAGUUUGGGGGGUCUUGACGAGUUUGCAAGUCUUUCAGGGCUGCAUCUCAAUAGAUCUAAGUCCUCUAUUAUUGUAGGGGGCCUAACCCAAACUAGUAGUAUGGAACUUUUGGAAUUAACGGGUUUCUCUGAGACCACUCUCCCUAUCAGAUCCACCAAACUUUGGCUCGAUAAGUGGCACCCAGAGGGAGUCCUUUUUAAUAGGUUUGGUAGUAGGAUUUGCUAUGAUGCGGGAUCUUAUGCGCUUGCAGCCCAUCAUGCACUUGUCAAGGAAAUUGUUCGGGAUGGAGACUGGCUGCCUGGCCCUUCAACCUCUUUUGACCUUAUUGAUGUGUGGAGAGCCCUCCCCUCCAUUGAUAAGUUGCAUGGUGACAACCCGGAUUUGGUAAUAUGGACUGGCAAUCCGACAGGUAUCUUUUCAACCAAAUCGGCUUGGAAUGCCACUCGUGUGAAGGCCAACCCCGUGGAUUGGAGUGAAGCAGUUUGGUUUGAAGGCAGCAUUAAGUCCCACUCUUUUGUUUCUUGGAGGUGUCUGGUCGAUGCUCUCCCCACUAGGGAUAAUCUUCUUCACAGGGGGAUCCCGGUUCAACAUAGUUGUGAGUUUUGUUGGGCUGGUAUUGAGAGCAGAAACCAUAUUUUCUUUGCUUGCCCUUUUUCCAUUGAUAUUUGGAGGAGGAUCUUUGGUAUGUGUUCUCUUCAUGGACAGGCUCCCAUGAACAUAUUUGAUGCUGCCAUUUGGGUUCGUUAUGCGGCAGGAAGAGCGGGGAGCUUAGGUGUGGUUUUAAAGCUUGCAUUUUGUGCCACUAUCAAGCAUAUUUGGUUUGAAAGAAAUUUCAGAAUUUUUCGGCAAAAGGCUAGAUCUAAGGAUCAGAUUGUGGAAGCUAUCAAGGGGGAUGUUAGGACUGUAGUCACAUCUGGUUCUUUGAGUGGGGAUCCUAGUCCUGCUAAUUCCCACAUUGCUUCGGCCUGGAACUUGCAAGUUCAUUGGGCUAUUAGGAUGCCGAGACCAUGCUCGUGGAUCUUACCUCCUAACAAUUUGUGGUCCCUUCACUGUGAUGGUUCGCUGUCCGAUGGUAGAGCUGCUUUUGGAGGAGUGAUUCGUAAUGCGAUUGGACAACCUGUAGCUGCAUUUGCUAACCAAGGGCUGGAACUUUGCAUUCUCUCCAUGGAGCUGGCUGCUAUACAUAGAGGCAUCUCCUUUGCAUAG